AUGUCACAUGAUUCACAAUCUGAUCAAUUAAAUGAUCAACAACAACAAGAAGAAGAAUAUAAUGAAGAGGAAGAAGAAGAAGAAGAAUUUAAUGAAGAAGAAGAAGAAAUUAAAAAAACACUUGAUGAUGAAUUAUUAGAUAGUGCUAUUAAUAGAGAUUUUAAUAGAUUAAAAUUAUUAUUAAUAGAAAAAGGAGCCAAUGCAUUCUAUAAUAAAAGAAUAGAAGGAGUAUGGGGAGCCUAUGAAGAAUAUGGAGUAAUACAUAAAGUAUUACUUGGAUGGGAUGAUAUGAAAGAACAAAUGCAAGCUAUAGAAUUAUUAUUAAGUAAAGGUGCUAAUGUAAAUGCUAUAUAUGGUAGUAGUAAUUGGAAAGGAAGUGGAUCAAGUGGUACAGCCUUUGAAAUUGUAUUAAGUAAGAAUAAUAUUGAAUUAAUCAAAUUAUUUUUAAAAUAUGGAGCAGAUUCAAAUACAUGUCAAAAAAGACAAGCACACACUAUGAGAUAUGAUGGUUCAUCAUCUUUUCCUUUUUUAUAUCAAAGUGUUAAAUAUGGUAAUUUAGAUUUAUUUAAAUGUUUAUUAGAACAUAAUGCUAAUACUAAUUUAUUUGCUUUUAAUAGAGGUUCAUCUGAAUAUGGUCCUAUUGAUGAUUUAAAAGAAUUACCUUUACAUUUAGCAUGUAAAUUAUUUAAAUCAAUUAAUAAUAUUAAUAUUAAUAAUAAUAAUAAUAUUAAUGAAUCUUAUGAUAGUGAUGAUGAAUAUAAUAAUAAUAAUAAUGAAUCUAAAUCUAAAAAUAAUUAUGAAAAAUAUAAAGAAAUGAUAUUAUUAUUAAUUAAAUAUAAUAGUGAUAUUAACAUGUAUGGUAAAACAGUAUAUCAAAUACCAAAUGAAAAUUAUCCUAAAAAUAUAAAUGAAGAAGAAUAUAAUGAAAUAUCAGAUCCAAGAGAUUUUACAUUUAAAGAUGUUUUACAAAUUGAUUUUAAAUUUAAAUAA